AUGAGCUGUGCUAUUUCUUAUUACCUUCUGUUUGUUUUUCCAGGCUGCAGAGUCUUGGCUGUGGAACUGACAUCCAGCAACACCAAGCCCGUGGUACAGGAAUUCCAGAGUGUUGAGCUGUCCUGCAUCAUUAAAUCCACCGUAACGCGAGAUCCCAGAAUCGAGUGGAAGAAAAUCCGAGAUGGCGAAACCUCUUACGUAUUUUUUGACAAUAAAAUGCAGGGAGACUUUGUGACUCGUGCAGAAAUUCUGGGCCAGACAUCACUGGUGAUUAAAAACACCACCCGGAUGGACACUGCCACAUACCGCUGUGAAGUGGCAGCACCUUCUGAUACUAAAACCAUAGAUGAGAUUAAUAUCCAGCUCACAGUCCAAGUGAAACCUAUGACUCCUAGAUGCACUGUGCCUAAAGCUGUACCUGUUGGCAAGACAGCCUCUCUUCACUGCCACGAGAAUGAAGGUUACCCCAAGUCCACGUACAGCUGGUACCGCAACAGUGAACCUUUAUCACCAGACACAAAAUCAAAUGCCAGAUUCCAGAAUUCCUCCUACACCUUGAACCCCACCACAGGCACUCUGGUUUUCCACGCUGUGCACAAAGGUGAUACAGGCCGUUACUCCUGCAUAGCAACAAAUGAUGCUGGCUUUGCCAAGUGUGAGGACCAGGAGAUGGAAGUUUAUGACCUCAAUAUUGGUGGGAUAAUUGGUGGAGUCCUUGUGGUCCUAGCAGUUUUGGUGCUCAUCACUCUUGGUAUCUGCUGUGCCUACAGAAGGGGUUAUUUUGCAAACAGUAAAGAGAGUGGGGAAAGCUACAAGACUCCAGCAAAACCCGAUGGCGUUAACUAUAUCCGGACAGAUGAUGAGGGUGACUUCAGACACAAGUCUUCAUUCGUCAUAUAAGACGCCAAAAGAAUAUUGCAAACCAGCAAAAGCAAGUGUGAAAAUACCUCCUCCAGGAACUCAAAGCAAGAGCAAACCAUGAAUUAAGUGCGCUUGGAAGAGUUUGGAACACACAAGAACUUGAUAGCUAGCUAUCUGUAUAUCUUUUUUUUCUUUGCCAAAGUUUAAAGUAACUCCUCACUGCCCAACUUGUGUCUCCCCUGCCUCCGGAGAUACCAACGGGAUCACCUAAACCUGUCCUUGGACUAAGGAAGCAUUUUAAUACUUCUCAAGAGACUGGGCUGUGGAAGUUUGUGGAAUUGCCUUCUAUUUGUGCUGCAGGGACACAGCCACAAUGUGCAAACCAAGCAGGGGAACAGCGUUAGGUACACGUGUAGUAGACAUUACUAGUACAAAUGACUAGUAGACAAAAAAAAAGGUGCUGAUAUGGCAAUAGAUGGACUUCAAAGAAUAAGAAUUUAUCCAUGCAAGGGGGGGAGUUUUCCUCCCAGCAGCUGGUUGCCCAGGCCUGGCUGGUGACUU